GACCUAUAUGAUUAGGUUACAAGCAGAGUAGUGGGCGUCUUUUUCUAUGACAACAAUUGUCUUAACCAAUAUGAUUAGGUUAGAAGCAGACUAGUCUGUCAAUAAUGGCGUUUGAAGAAGUUUCCAGUUUUGGUCUUGCUGUAGUAGUGGCUGCCCUUUUGCUAACUGCAAAUUUUCUGAGACGUAGAAUUAAUAAGACACCGCCGGAGCCUCCAUCAUGGCCAAUAUUUGGGCAUCUUCUUCUGCUAAGUAGAAGCAAACAACCCAUUCACAGACUUCUAUCCUCUCUUUCAGAGUGCUAUGGCCCCAUCAUGCAGCUGCAACUUGGCUUUCGCCCAGUUUUGGUCAUCAAUUCUUCAGAUCUCGCAAAAGAAUGUCUUACAACAAAUGACAAAGCCUUUGCUUCGCGCCCACUUACGUCUGUAGGAAAGCAUAUUGGGUAUGACUUCAAAAUGUUGGGUUUGGCUCCUUACGGCUCCUACUGGCGAAACGCCAGAAAACUUUGCACGCUUCAACUCUUUACUCCACACAGAAUCGAAUCUUUCAGGCACAUCCGGGAAGGGGAGAUUUCUGCUCUCAUCCGUUCACUGUUCGAGAGUUGGGAGCGAGAGAUCAGUCCAGUGAACAUGAAAUCAAGGCUUUCUGAUCUCACAUCUAAUAUCAUGAUGUUGAUCGUUGCCAGCAAGAGAUUCUCACCAGAUCUCAGUCGUGAAGAUUUCCAAGAAGUGCAAUACUUCAAGGAGAUAAUGGAAGAAACUGUUUUGUUAAUGGGAACAUUUGAUAUCGCUCAUUACCUGCCGUUUCUUAAGUGGGUCGAUCCGCAGGCAAUAGUUUUGGCUAUGAAAAAUCUACAGAAGAAAAGAGAGGUGUUUAUGAAGAAAUUGCUCCAGGAUCACCGCGAAAAGAGAGGGAUGCAUGCUCGAGACUUAAUUGAUGUUCUUAUAUCUGCAACAGAAAACAAUGAAUUUCAGUCUGACCAUAAGGACGAUACGGUGAAAGCCACCGCCUUAGCCAUGUUAAUCGCAGGUGCUGAAACAUCCGCUGUUACGAUUGAGUGGGCACUGUCAGCUUUGAUAAAGCACCCAGACGUUUUGUGUAAAGCCCAGCAAGAGCUGGACAUGCAAGUCGGACGAGACCGAUUGAUAAAGGAAUCAGAUGUGAAUAGGCUGAAAUAUUUGCAGGCCAUUGUGAAAGAAACUCUCAGGCUUUAUCCAACGGCGCCUCUUCUACUCCCUCAUGAAUCUAUCGAGGCCUGCAAGGUUGGAGGAUAUCAUUUUCCCGCAGGAACACAACUGUUAGUCAAUGUGUGGGCAAUUCAACGGGACGCGUCAGUGUGGGAGCGCCCCACAGAAUUUGAUCCAGAACGUUUUGUCAACAGCGGGAAAGAGAUUGAUGUGAAAGGGCAAGACUUUAAGUUGAUUCCGUUUGGUUCAGGGAGGAGAGUGUGCCCGGGCAUUUCUUUGGCGUUGAUUGUGGUCACAUAUACAUUGGGGCGGCUGCUUCAGAGCUUCGAGUGGUUUGCUCCAGAGGGCACUGUAAUUGACAUGGCGGAGGGGCUUGGAAUCACGAUGCCCAAAUCAAUUCCACUGGAGGUCGUUAUUAAACCUCGCCUUCCCCUCCAUUUCUAUUGAUAUUUUGUUAUGAGUAUAUGUGUCAGCUUUCAUUGAUUUUAAAAGUAUUACAUAUAUCAAACAAAAAUUAGAGGGAUAUAAGGUCACCUCUAAUUACAUUAGGGAUAUAGGGUCACCUAUAAUUAUAUUUCAGCUUAACGUUUAAUCUUA